GAAUGUGAUGGAGCGGCAACGAAGAGCAGACGUUUAGCUAGUGACUGGGUGCAACUCGACCAGUUUAACAACACCAUCUGACGGCUGGGACGUCCAACACGACAUGCAGUCAUGAAACGGGUUCGCGCUGAGCAGAUCCAACAUGCUGUGGCUCAGUACCUGAAGAGGAGGCAGUACGUGGACACCGAGGGCUCCCUGAAGGGGGUCAGGCUCUCCCAGUCGGCUGAAGAGAUGGCUGCCAGCUUGACAGCACAGGUGGAGUCGGGCUGUACCAACAUCGUCUCUGCUGCUCCCUGCCAGUCCGACCCACAGCAAUAUGAGACCCAGUACUCCAGGCUGCGCUCCUUUCUCUCAGAAACGGAGUUAUCCUGGGCCCAGGAGGUGAGCAGCCUCCUCUAUCCAAUCUUUGUCUACCUUCACCUGGACAUGGUGCGCUGCUGCCUGAAGGGAGCCGUGGAUAGUUUUUACAGUCGUUUUCAUGACGCCUUCCUUCAGGACAGUGAACAGCGAGCUGUUGUGGAGCAGCUCCGCCAUGUUCUCACUGCACAGGAUGUUGCAGCCAAUGCCAAGCUGAGAGCGUUCCUUGAGCACAAGUACGUGGUUCAUCUGACCGAGCCGACCUAUAGCUACCUGCUGCGGUACCUGCAGAGUGAGGACAACAGCACCCUCUGCAGGGUUCUCGGCACACACGUGCAGGUGGAGGUCACUGCUUCCAAACGUACAGAUUACCAACUGUAUGGAGCCACUGCUGGGUCCACAACAGCCCCAAAUUCCACAUCCUCCUGGGCAGGUGUGGAUGGAGCAGAGGGUGGGGAGGGGAUGGAGGUCCCUGCAGGGAUCCCGCAGAGCGAGGCUGCCCUCGAUGCACUUCAGGAUUGCAUUAAGAAAGUCCGAGAGGGCCCGCCCUCGCUCACCACAGUCUGUUUUUAUGCCUUCCAUCACACGGAGCAGACGCUGAACACGGCUGAGGUCUCGCCUGACAGCCGGCUGUUGGCUGCAGGCUUUGACAGCUCUACAGUGAAGCUGUGGAGCCUCAGAGCUCGAAAACUGAAGGCCAAAUCCCACCAGGCUGAUGUGUCGCACAUCCACCUGGCAUGUGAUAUACUGACGGAGGAGACGGAGGAGGAGGACGGCUGCGGCAGUGAGAUAAAAACUCUACGAGGUCACAGUGGUCCAGUGUACCGUACCACCUUCCUGACGGACAGCUCUGGGCUGCUGUCCUGCUCUGAGGACGCAACCAUUCGCUACUGGGACCUGGGCAGUUUCACCAACACGGCGCUGUACCAGGGCCACGCCUACCCGGUGUGGGACGUGGACGUCAGCCCCUGCAGUUUGUAUUUUGCCAGCAGCUCACAAGACCGCACCGCCCGCCUGUGGACGUUCUCUCGCACCUUUCCACUGCGGCUGUACUCGGGGCACCUCUCCGACGUUGACUGCAUCAAAUUCCACCCAAACUCCAACUACCUGGCCACGGGCUCCACAGACAAGACUGUUCGUCUGUGGAGCACCCAGCAGGGGGCGUCGGUUCGCCUCUUCACCGGCCACCGUGGCCCGGUGAUGUCACUCACGUUCUCCCCCAAUGGCAAGUACCUGGCUUCAGCUGGGGAGGACCAGCGUGUGAAGCUGUGGGACCUGGCGUCGGGGACUCUUUUCAAAGACUUACGAGGACACACAGACAGCGUCACCAGCCUGUCCUUCAGUCCAGACAGCAGCUUGGUGGCGUCCUCCUCUAUGGACAACUCUGUACGGGUGUGGGACAUCCGCAGCUCCCAUGGUGGGACACCCUCUGACGGCUCGUCCAGCGAGUUGGUGGGACUGUACACCGGGAACACCAGCAACGUUCAUAACGUCCAGUUCAUGGCCUGCAACCUGCUGCUGGUGACGGGGACGGCUCAGGAGAAGACAGAACUGUAGCCGCAACAGCCGGGUGUCGGUCAGAAGGAGCGCGGCUGUUGUCACCACAUGUCCAGGUGUCAGAGUCCGACUUGGUUUACGACACCGAUAAAAGUGACAAGGUUGUAUUCUGAACUUAAACUGUUUCUCUUUAGAAACUGAACAAGAUUUUCAUUUAUACAUGAAGUGUCACCAGAUCUUGUGUUCAUUUGAAAAACCCUCGUUCCUCUUGUUCUGGAAGAGGUGCACUGUUGUGCUCAUGUAAACACGGUGGUGCUUCCUGCUUUAUGUUCCAGCACAUGUCCCUCUUAACUGGAGUCAAAUGUAAAGUAUUAUUUAGGUAAUCUGAACCCUGCAGAGUAACUCCAUACAGACAGAGGAGUUCUUACUGUACGAACAAGUUUAUUUAUUUAGCUCGAGUUAUUCGUUCCAUCAGCAGAACUUUAUUUUUCGAUGACUCUCUGUUUCUUACGCUGACUUCCAAAGUGCACAGUUAAAAAACUUUUGUUUUCAUUUGUGUCAAGGUCAAAUCUUUGAGAACAGAACAGAGUCAAUAAAUAAAUGUAUCAUUGUUGGAUCCA